GCAGAUUAAAAAGUUUCAUCAAAAUUCUGGAUUUACCUAAACACAUCGCCCGCACAGCAGCGCAAUUCUGCCGACAACAAAACCAAAAAAAGAAUAUAAAAUCGUGCAUCAAAUCAUUUGGGAUUAUAAAUUAAUUUGUGCUGCGUGUAUUGUUGCGCGAAACUUUUCCGAAAGUUUGCUCGAAACCAAGUGCGCUACAACAAAAAUAAAUAAACGCCAAUUCAGAAUAGACGUUUCGCAAAUUGCAAAGUGAAUUUAAAAACGUUUCGGCGUUGUGGUGGUGGUGCACUGGACUGGUCGCCUGCAGGCGCCACGGCCCAACAGCAACUAUCUGUCGUGACCACCGUGUGGGGUGUCACGUCGUCCAGCCAGUCGGGACCGCACGGAGGCUUCGCUAACGGCCCGGCGCAUCCACCAACCAACUCCAAUUAUAAACAACACGCUCCAAAUUAUCAGAACACUUAUCGUCAGAACGGACCAGGAGUGGGUAAUUAUGGAGCGGCGGGCGGUGGAAUGAACGGCACCGAAGGUGGCUACGGGGGCGGUAACGCUCUUUCAACCGCGGCGAUGGUAGCAGCGGCGACGGCGACAGCGACGGCCACCGCCAGCGUGGUGGCACUGCAGGAUAACAGCCAGUUUGGCAAUCAGCAAUACCAGCAGGGCUACCAGCAGCGUAUGAUGCCGAUGAACGGCAUGAAUCCGAUGAACAAUAUGAACCAAAUGGCGAACAUGGGCAUGGGUGGCAAUAUGCACGGCAACAUGAUGGGCGGCGGGCAGAUGCCCGGCGGUGGGCAGAUGGGACCCAAGAUGGGUAUGCAAGGUGGCGGUGGUGGAGGGCCUAACGCAGGUAUGUACCACCAACGCCGGAUGACACCCUACCCCACGCCGGGCAUGCAUAUGGCCCAGAAACGAGGCCAGCAGCAGCAACAGCAGCAGCAGUCCUACCCGAAUGGACCUUGUCCGACCAUGAAUCCUAGCUUUAAUCCUAACGGUCAGUAUCCUGGAUACGGCGCUCGGCAGCCGAAUUUCCAAACCCAGUAUCCGGCGCAACAGCCGAUUGGCCCCACCGGCAACUUUGGGCCAGUGCGUGGUAAUGCCAAUGUUCGGCAGAAUACGCCGCCAUACUCGCAGCAAGGGCAGUAUUUUGCCAAUGGGGGUAAUAUGGGCCAGUUUCAUGGCAACGGAUCGCAGUAUAUGAACGCCGGUGCCAAUAACCCACAAUACGCUGGCGGCGGUAACCAAUUUCAGCAGGAGGUGGCGAUGCGUAACAACCUUGGCAGCAUGAAUUCGAUGAAUGGCAUGAACAACAUGAACUCGAUGAAUACCAUGAACAACAUGGGCACCAUGAAUAAUAUGAGCAAUAUGAAUAAUAUGAACUAUCAACACAGCCCCAUUCCCGGCAAUCCGACGCCACCGUUGACGCCGGCAAGUAGUAUGCCCCCAUACAUCAGUCCAAACCCCGAUGUCAAACCAAAUUUCAACGAUCUAAAACCACCUAUACCAGUACAAAAAGAUGAUGAGUUAAGACUUACGUUCCCAGUGAGAGACGGCAUAAUUUUACCUCCGUUUAGACUAGAACACAAUUUAGCUGUUAGUAACCACGUGUUCCAACUGAAGCCGACGGUGCACCAGACGCUGAUGUGGCGAUCCGAUCUGGAACUCCAAUUGAAGUGCUUCCACCAUGAAGAUCGAGCGAUGAACACCAAUUGGCCAGCCUCGGUGCAGGUGUCCGUGAACGCGACGCCGCUUGUGAUAGACCGCGGUGAGAAUAAGACCUCGCACAAACCCCUCUACCUUAAGGACGUUUGCCAGCCGGGCAGGAACACUAUUCAGAUCACAGUCUCGGCCUGCUGUUGCUCGCAUCUUUUCGUGUUGCAAUUGGUGCACCGACCAAGUGUUCGAUCAGUAUUACAAGGCCUCUUGCGGAAGCGACUACUUACCGCCGACCACUGCAUAGCGAAGAUCAAGCGUAACUUUAGCAACACCGGAAACAAUUCUAAUCUUACCGAUCGGGACCGCGACGCCAUCGAGCAAACAGCUCUGAAAGUAUCGCUCAAGUGUCCGAUAACUUUCAAACGCAUCACUCUACCAGCCCGUGGUCAUGAGUGCAAGCACAUACAGUGUUUUGACCUGGAAUCCUACCUGCAGUUGAAUUGCGAGCGAGGAUCCUGGCGGUGUCCUGUAUGCAAUAAACCUGCGCAACUCGAAGGGUUAGAGGUUGAUCAAUACAUGUGGGGCAUUCUGAAUACCCUGAACACGUCAGAGGUGGACGAAGUGACUAUAGAUAGCGCCGCUAAUUGGAAGGCGGCCAAGUCGAUCGGCGGUGCGAACAUUAAGAUGGAAAACGAAGAGAGCGAUUCCUGCGGCGCAAAGCAGCGUCUUAACAAGGCGAUGUCGCCGGGCAGCAUGACGCUACCAACGAUGAACAACUGGGACAUGUCCCAAGCGAUGUCUCCUUACAUCCCGCCCGACAUGAACAGCAUCGCGAGUGGUUCGAUGAUGAACAACGGUCCGUCGUACAAUAAUUCGCGGGGUGGUGGCGGUGGCAGUAGCAACUACGACUUUAAUUCGAAUCCGGGCAGCAAUGAGUAUUCGGGCGCAAACGGACCCUUAUCGCAUCUCAGCGAGUCGGUCAAUAACUUGGAUCCAUUAAACGCAAUGGAGAAAUCCCUCAAUGAUCAGAUGCCGCACACACCUCAUACACCUCACACGCCACAUACACCGCAUACCCCUGGUGGUACCCCCGGAUCGGCCCACACGCCAGGAACGGGUCCGCCGAGUGUCCCACCCGCGCCCAACAACGACCAUCAUAGCACGGACCUCCCCGACAUUCCGUCUGAUCUGAAUUUUGAUCCGGCGGCUGUUAUCGAUGGUGAAGGUACAGGCCAAGAAGCUCUCGACCUUCUUCCCGAUAGCGUGGAUCCAAUGGAGCUUCUGUCGUAUUUAGAUCCACCAGAUCUGAAUACACCGCCUUCGAGCGGGAGCAGUGCGGGUCCCUCGAACUCAUCGACGAACGAUGACAUUCUGGCGUUGUUUGAGUAAGCAGUUCCUCGACAAAAAUUGCCACUAAUGCAGCCGGGCCUCAAAAUGGGAGCGGUUCAUGAGUGAGUGAACAAAAGUGUGAUAGAACAUUAAUGUAUAAUGUGUUAAUUAUUGAAAAAGGUCUAAAUCAAACUAUUUUCACUGUAUUAUUUGUACAUACCUACCUUGAAACAUGGGUAUAUAUUAUGUAAAUUAUAUCUAAACAAAUUAUAUACCUACAUGAAUUUAAACAUUACACUAUGCAUUACUUCAGCUCGUUUGGUACAGCGACGAAAGGAAACAUUGAAUAAGUAAUUAACCAGUUAAAGUCAAUCGUAAAUGAAUUUAAAUCAAUUAGUAAAACGCAAAUUUAAACAUAAUUCGAGUACCAAACGAUACGAGGCAAAGUAAAUCGGUUUAAAGGAAUUUUAAAAUACGGCCAGUUUAUAUAGAACUAUUUAAUGAGGAUCAAGUGGAGCUGAAUGCGUUUGCGAAUAGCAAGGAGAGGCGACGUUGAAAUUAGAUAGGGGAGUUGGAACCAAACAAUCUAGUACUUCUAGAGUCAUUACGCAUCUGUCAAUGUGCAUAGGCUUCUAAGUAUUAUUAUCUAUUGUAAAGUUUUGCUGCAAUCCGCAAUCAAUUCCGUGAACCAAGUGCAACCGUACGCACACCCACACAAACCACACCCUCACAUGACAUCCACAUGGGCGCAUUUUUCUUUGUGACGAAGCAAACUUAUUGUAAUUGUUGAUAACUACUAUUUAACCCCAUGAUAACUGAUAGAUUGACUAGGCGACUACAAGUAUUGUACGUUUACUUUAAAAAUACAACUUAAGCAUCAAUUACACACGCAGAACACAGCAAUGUAGUGCAAUCAUGGUGUUAAAUAUGCUGACGCAAGAUUUUAACAACUUUCAGGCUCGAGAAAGAUGAAAAACUAAUGUACCAAAUUGAUUUUAGUGUAUGUAUAAUAAUAUGAGACAACCAACAUAAAUUAUGUAUUAUAAAAUAGUGCGCAUCCACAAUUAUAUGAUAGUAUAUUUAAAAAUUUAUAAUGAAGAUGAAAAAACUCUGAGACUGUGAUAAAUAAUAUAUGAUUAUAUUUAAGAUAUGAUUCAAAUUUUAUGUCAUUUAUACUAAGUUCGGCGAUAGUAAUAGUAUAUAUCAUGUUACUCGAAGGAGACAAAAGUAAAAAUGUUCCUUUUCGCUUCAAGUGACAUAUAGGUAUAUGACUGUUUUUUCUUCAAGCGUUCCUCUAAAAUGUUACAACUGUUUGAGUGUUCAGUAAACUAUGUGUGUAAAUGAAUAUUCUUGAAGAAAAAAUGGUUAUCGAGAUGCGGCGACCCUGACUAUCGAUCGGCAGUUGACUCACGAUUGAUUGAAAAGAAUCUGGUACAAAAAUAAUAUUCACGGCGACAACAAUUUUUGUGUGCAACAAAAAUAUAUAUUUUGUUUAAAUCUGA